AUGGCCGCAAAUACAAAUGAACAGGACCCAACACGGGAUGAAAUUGCACAGCAACUUGCCUCCACUCCCUUCGCAUGCUCAUCAUUCACCCGUCUGUCUGGAGGCACAGCCAACUUCGUCUAUCGAGGCACACUUUCCUCAACCGGCCAGUCCAUCAUCAUCAAGCACACCAAAGAUCACUCGGCCUCUAAUCCAGACUUUAAAAUCGAUGUCGCGAGAUGCCACUUCGAGGAAUCCAUUCUCCAAGCCCUGGAUGGCCUGGCAGUUCAUACAAGUGGCAAAAUAACUGUUAAAACACCGCGCUUGUUGAACUUCAAUAAGGAAACAGAUACCCAGGUGUUAGAAGAUCUCCCAAAUUCAGUUGACCUGAAGAACUUCCUGCUCUCAGAGGUUUCUCGUGACUUGUCCGAACCCUCGGCGCGAGCCUUGGGCAGUGCCCUUGGAUCCUGGCUGAAAUCGUUCCAUACUUGGUCGGCCGAGGAACGGCAAAUGGAGUCUAGAAACGUCCUUGCGGAGAACAAGGCUAUGAGAAAUUUGAAGUUCUGGGUAAACUACACUAUGCUAAUCGACACUAUUCCAAUUUUCCCCGGUAUCCUAGAGGGGGAUCGUGAUAUUUUCGAGAAGGUUCGUGACCUCGCUGCUGCAGAGCUUGAGCAACAGAGAGGAUUUGGACUUAUUCACGGUGACUUCUGGACUGGAAAUAUUCUUAUUCCAAACGUUCCUCUCACUCAUCAAUCUGAACUGACCAUGUUCAUUGUUGAUUGGGAACUGUCGCAUAUUGGAAGCCGCGCAUUAGACUUGGGGCAAAUGAUCGCUGAGCUGUACGAAACAAAGCUGUUUAAGAAUGCCGACGGUGGAGUGUGGAUUAUCCGAGGGUUCUUGGAGGGGUAUGGGACCCUGAAUGAUGAAAUGGCAUUCCGCACUGCAAUCCACGUUGGUGUGCACCUGAUUUGCUGGGGAAGUAGAGUCCCUGGAUGGGGCACUGAGAAGCAAGUUGAGGAGGUGGUUAAAGUGGGAAGAGAUUUGAUCGUCCAUGCCUGGAGCAAGGAUAAGGCCUGGUUCGCGGAAGGCGCGCUUGGUUGCCUGUUCAAGGAUCAGGCCAUUCUGGGUUAA